AUGUCGACUGCAAUGACAAUGGUGACAGCGACAAUGAUGACAGCGAGGUUGGUAGACUUGGCGGUGAUGUGCGAUUGGAUGGAUGAGUGGUUGAGUCGUGAGUGGGUAGCGCGGACUACUCAGAUUCUCGAAAUAGUAACAGAAUGGUAUAUACAGUCAAAUGCUGCUAAAACGAUGUUCGCCGCAAGUUGGGCCAACAAUGGGGGUGCCCUCAAUGCCCUUCGAGAGGUGAAGCCUAUUGCGGCAGCUUACCUCGAGGCUGCUGAGCCGUGGACCUGGGCAGAGGCGCUCUUUCAUGGCCGUCGAUUCGGCCACGGUACAAGCAACAUCGCUGAGAGCGUCAAUUCGACGCUCUUAGUCGAGAGGGAGCUCCCUGUUCUAGAGCUCCUCGAUUCCAUAUGGCAUCGGGUGAUGGAGAAGCGCUCGGGCCGGCGAUCCCGAGCGCUUAAGCUCAUUGAGGAGCGAAGGAGGUUUGGGCAGCGUCUUAUGAGACACCGCUGCCUCCUGUGGAUGUCUCGGAGUUGGAGAUCCUUCCCCUGGCAGCCUGCCACCCUCCUGCCACGCGAGUACCGCGUGGCAGGCCGAAGAAGAUGCGCGUUCGGAGAGAGGACGGGAGACGCUCUGGUCGACGAGAGCGGGAUCAUGGAGGGUUGCUCCCUCUUGGUGCUGUUGUGGCGAGAGUACCAGAUCUGGUACCCUCUCGUUGUAGCACCUGUGGGGAGCCAGGGCACAACAUGA